AUGAUCAAACUGGGGCUUUGGGACGCCGAGUCCGGGAACGUGCGCGCCCUCGACCGACGUCGAAUCAGCGAGUCUCGAAUUUUCAAUGUUGGAACUGGCCACGUCAUGGAUCCGUUAUCCAUCUGCGCAAGCGUGGCUGCCCUGAUCGGCAUCACCGAGUCUGCGGGGGCUGGACUGGGCCGACUCUGGGAGCUUCGACAGGCCCCCACCCACCUCCAGGCACUCCAAAACGAGGUGACCGACUUCCGUGCCAUCCUCACCUUUGUCCGAGACGCGCUCGAGGACCUUCGCGACGCACGCCCGAGCGCUGACCUAGCCGUCAUCAACUCGGCCGUCAACCGCGGCGCCAGCGUCGUUCGCGAGCUGCAGGACCUCAUCGAGACGAGGUUGACCAGGCCAGAACCCAGCAAUGGGAUCCCCAAUGUCCGCCAUCGAGGCUUCCUACGGCAGCAGAGAAUCCAGCGCAUGUGCGAGUCUCUGCGCGACGCUCGCACACAUCUGGGAACCGCUCUGACCGCCGCCAACUACUUGCAGCUGCGGCACUCCAUGCCGCGGUUCCAUCUCGCUGUCCAGUCCAUCACACUCGUUGACGGCCCACAGGCACAGGAGACUUCGACGGCAGACGGACGCCCCGUCGAGCAACAGUUCGGCCAUUUUGAGUCAGGCGCCAUCUGCCAGGCCACUGAAAAGAUCACCAGCCACUCCCAAGAUAUACUGCGGCGGCAAAAGAUGGCCGGCUUCGAAUUCGAGUCUGAAUACAAAAGCAGCAGCGCCACGGCGGUGCGGAUCGAGGCGACGCCCGCGAACCGGCGGUGCGAGCCGUUCUGCGCGUGCCAGUGCCACAUCAUGCUGGCGGGCCAGACGCCGCGGUGGCUGCAGGCCGUGUUCGGCGCGCUGUUCUACCAGUUCACGGGCACGCCGCUGCUGUACCGGCGGCCGUGCAACUCGCCGCGCUGCCUGCCGCGCGGCGGCUCGUUCCGCUUCGAGUACCUGUUCCCCACCUCCAUCCUGCCGCUGAUCCUGCGCGUCACCGGCACCUGGAACCAUCUCGGCGGUCUCGGCGGCUCCUGGACCUUGCGCAUCCCCGACCACGUGCCCAUCACCAUGCAGGCCGUCUUCAACAUGAUCCACCAGGCCGCCAGCCCGCAGAGCGUCGCCAGGUAUCUCGACACGAACGGGAUCUCGGCGCGCGCCAUCGAUCCCGGAACCACCGCCCAAGUCGUCUGGACGUUCCUCCUCGGCUCGCCCGCGGACCGCGACAACUUCUCGCCCCUGCGGCAGGCCCUCGAAGACUCGGACAGCCUCAACACGAUGGGCUUCAGCCUGCUGCACAAGAUCGUCACCGGACUGAGCACCGUGGACCUGGAGCUCGCACUCCAGCUACACCCGGAACUCGUCAACGCGCGCGACUCUGGCGGCGAGACCCCGCUGCACUGGGCGUUCCGCGCGACCGACGUCGCGCGCACGUCUCUGCUCCUGCAGCACGGCGCAGACCCCAACGCGCGCGGCCACCGCGGCCGCGCCGCGCUGCACACCAUCGGCCCCAGCAGCGCGUUCGUGCCGUGCAUCGACGCGCUGGCCGCGGCCGGCGCCGACGUCAACGCCAUCCCCGGGGACGUGCCGACGCCCGAAACGCCGUCGCCGCUUGUUGUCACUAUCAUGUACGGCAACCUCGACGCGGCGCUGGCGCUGCUGCGCGCCGGCGCGGACCCGAACCACCCCGGCGCCGCGCCGCUGGUGUGGGCCGCGUGGCUGCGCGGGCUGGAUUUCGUCAGGGCGAUCGUGGGCGCCGGCGCGGAGCUGGAUAGAGUGGACGACGGGUAUACGGCCGUCAUGCUGGCCGUGCAGGGCGAUAACCUGCCGUGCGUGCGGUUCCUGGUUGAGCGCGGUGCGCGGCUGGACAUCGUGUCGCAGCAGAGCGGGUGCUCCGUGGUGGUGCUCGCGGUCAAGUAUGCGGGCGUGCCGGUGAUUAGGGCCCUGGCGGAAGCUAAGAUCCGCGGGUUGCCGGUGGACGAGGAGAGUGUUGAGAGGUACUGGCAAUUGUUUGACGAGCAGCGCGGGCUGAACGUUGUUGGGCAGCGGGAUGAGAAGGAGGAGCGAGAAGCUGUGGUGGAGCUACUGGCGAGCUUGAGGCCGGAGGAGGGUGAAUGUGGGAACGGUGGUGUGGGGGACGGGGAAGUGGAACAGAUCACCCGGGCCAUGCCGGGAGCUUGGCCGCUCGAGAGCCGGUAG